AUGGCACGAUCUUACUCCUCUCUCAACUUUGACGGUCAGAUGCGAGUAGACGCCAACCACGGCAUGAACCCCCAAUAUGCACCCAACAGCUUUAUUCAUCAAUUCCGUCCCGACACCGCAGAAGCACCCUACCAGCUCUCCGACAGCAUCAUGAGUCGUAAAUCGCACUUCUCCCAUGAAGGCAGCCCGUCAGAGUACUACCAACCCCGUAUGCUCUAUGAGAAAUUCAUGGACGACAAGGCCCGGGACCACUUGCAUAAGACCACCGCAAUGGCACUCAAGCUGGUGAACUCUUCGAUUAUUCAGAAGAAGUAUCUGGCUCGGUUUCUGCGGGUCUCGCGCGCGUACGCGGAGGAAGUUUAUGCCUUGCUGCCGGAGAAGAAUUUUGGGUCUGAAGAGGUGGAGGAGGCUUCUCGGGUCGCGGAGACAGCGGGUAAGGAGCCGAAGUUCUGUCCUCAUUUGGAGACGGACAAGUUGGUGGGAAAAUGCCCGGCGAUGCAAAUAUAUAAUCAGUGGCUAGCGAGGCAUUGGGCGUUGCAGCCUGGCUAG